AUCACAGACUGCCCGCCUGGCUCUGCAUCGCAUUGCUUUGCAAGACUAGGGGGAACCGUCUGUCUCUCUGCAGUGGAGCUACGACAAGUUCCGUAGCAAGUUGCACAACCCCGACAAGUUCCAGCGCAGGAAAAGUGGUCGCCAGAGAGGGUCCUGCAUGUUAGCUCUCAGAUCUUCUUUUGUUGGACAUUUGCCGUCGAAUCUACUGUGUAGAUCCAAAUUCAGCAGUCAUGGAGACAAAUUAAAACCGUGUCCUUUUCCACUUAUCCAUGUAGCUCACUGAAGGUAGUACGUAGGUCGGUACUUGAAGAUGACCAGACUGAGGUUGUUGAAGAAGUGGUCUGAUUGAAAAGUGAUCUGCCUAAUUGCUGGAGCAACACUGGACUGAGAAAGUUUGUCAAUAUUAGACGCAAACAUGCUGACCGUGGUGGAGUUGUUGAGCUCGUGGCUAAUCUUGCUACAUUUCACCUCUAGGAUAUCGGCACUAUCAAUAUCUCCGGAAGAAGCAAACCAGUUCUUAUGGAGACAGAGGCGAGCAUACCAAGUUUUUGAGGAGACGAAACAAGGGCAUUUGGAACGAGAGUGCGUCGAAGAGAGAUGCAGCAAGGAGGAGGCGAGGGAAGUGUUUGAAAAUGACCCCGAGACGGAGUACUUUUACCCCAAGUACAUGGCAUGUGUGGAGAAAUUUGGGGAUGGAGAAGCAAAGAAGCAAGACCUUAUUACCUGCGUCCACAAUAUUCCGGACCAGUGUUCCCCAUCGCCCUGUAACCCCAGAGGGACGGUGCGGUGUGAGGACAGGAAGGGAGAGUUCAAAUGCCACUGUUUCACAGGAUGGAGUGGACAGAAGUGUGACCAAGAUGUGGAUGAGUGUGCUGAUGAAAAUGGUGGGUGUGACCAUGACUGUCAGAACACCAUGGGUAGCCACCACUGUUUCUGUCACCCUGGUUACCAGUUAUCUGGACGCUACAGCUGUGUCGAUGUGGAUGAGUGCGAAGUGAGCCCUGAUGUGUGUGGGACUGCGCGGUGUUCAAACCUGGUUGGUGACUAUGAGUGCCUGUGUGAAGAGGGAUACGUGUAUGACAACAAUACUAAGAGCUGCUUGGAUGUGGAUGAAUGUGAAUCUCAGCUGUGCGAGGAAGAGUGUGUGAAUACUCCUGGGAGUUUUCGGUGCUACUGUGAUGGACGUCAAGGGAAGAAGCUGUCUGAAGACCUGAGGACAUGUGAGUCUAUAGAGCCGUGUAUGCCUCUGGACCUGAAGCGCAACUCGCGCUCCCUGUAUCUGGGUCGCAUGUUCAGCGGGUCGCCGGUGGUCCGCCUCCGCUUCAGGCGGAGAGUUCAGACGGGCUUCACAGCAGAGUUUGACCUGAGGACCUUUGACCCGGAAGGAGUCAUCUUCUUCGCGGGCGGCCAUCUUAACAGCUCCUGGAUCGUGCUGGCCAUCCACCACGGCAAGCUGGAGCUGCAGCUGAAGUACGGAGCCGUUAGUCGCAUCACCAGCAGUGGCCCCCAGGUCAACGACGGGGAGUGGCACAAGAUCUCCGUGGAGGAGCAGGGGAGGAGUCUUGUGAUAAAGAUUGAUCGUGAGGCGGUGAUGAAGAUCGCUGUGAACGGAGAUCUCUUCACGCUGAAGAAGGGCCUGCACGAGCUCAACCUCACCGUGGGCGGCAUCCCCUUCAAACAGGACAGCCUUAUCAGCAAGGUGAACACGAGGCUAGAUGGCUGCAUGCGCGACUGGCACUGGUUAACGGGAGAGGACUCGUCCAUCCAGGAGACGGUGCGCAACAACGACCACAUGCAGUGCUUCUCCAGGGUGGAGCGCGGAGCCUUCUACAACGGCUCUGGAUUUGCCUUCUUCAAUCAUAGCCAUGGUGACCCGACGUCGCUGAAUGUUGUCUUAAACCUACGGCCGGCCUCCACCGUGGGCGUUCUCUUUGCACUCGUUCGCCAAGAUGACGUGCCUUUCUCCAUCUCCCUCUCCGACUACCACCCUGUGAAGAAAGAAUGGAGUGAGCAUGUGCUGGUGUCUAUGGGUGACACUGUGGUGGCCAGUGCGUCCGUGUCCUUGUGUGGUGGCUCGGAGGCUCACCUGGUCAACGUGACCGUGUCCGGCAACCUGACCCUGCUGGAGGUGGACGGACAGCCGGGGGAUACGGAAGCUUCCGAGGAGGGCCGGGAGCCGCUCGACCUCAACGCGCCUUACGGGACCUUCAUCGGGGGGCUACCAGAUGUGUCUGUGGUGUCCACUCCCGUCUCAGCUUUCUACGCAGGCUGUAUGGAGGUGACCGUCAAUGGGAACAUGUUGGACUUGGAUGGGGCUCAGCACAAGCACAACGAUAUACAUUCCCAGUCAUGCCCUCUAGUGGGGACAUAGUGUUUAUGCAGAUGUUUGUUGGCACCGACACGAAUUUUGUUUCAAACACGUUGCCUUUUACGUUCUCUGCGUUUCAACGUCACCACCCUAUAUGCAUACCAUGCGGAGGAGUGCUAUGGUGAGCCCAUCCAUUAGGCUACCUGCCAUUUUAAGACUUUUAUCCAUUAUGAUUAAUGAUUACCAAUUACUCACACUAACGUCAGCCUCCGUGAAUCCAGUUCAGCUGUAAAAAUAGACUGUACAGCUAUUUUUUAUUUCCUGUGAUAACUCUGACCGGUAAUACUCCUAUCAAUCACAGAAUGCUUUUUUUAUUUCUCCAACUUGUAAGGGAUGUUAACUAGAAUGUAGCCACCAGUUUUCGUCAUUACCACCAUUAUCGUUAGCUUCUUGCUUUAGCAAACAAACAGUGCUUAUAAACGAGCAAAAAAAUGUAUUUUGAUAAGUACUGCCUCGAGUAGUUAAAGGAAUGCUACACCAUAGCACACGUCGCGUAGACUGUAAAAGUAUUGUAUAUAAGAUAGUCACUGAGACACAUUUGGGGCUGGCAUUUAUAAUGUGUGUGUGUUUGUGUGUGUGUGUGUGUGUGUGUGUGCUGGGCGUCCGUGUAUGAGGCGUCUGGCAAUAGAGACACACAACAUUGCACAACCCCAUGUAAGCUACUGAGUAAAAAUGCACUGUAAUGUAGUUUAUAUGUAUAUAUACAUAACUGUACAGUGCUUUUAGGUCGAAGGCGCCGAAAGAAGAUGGGAGGCGUCGCUACCACGGUUUCACAUUACCCUCACGAGCGUACCGUACACAGUACACCCAUAACCGUUUGCUUGUGUCUGCCAUAACGAUUGGGGCAUUACGUGCCCGGUCCAAGCGAAUGAAAUGUAAAGAUGUGCUGAGCCGCACAACAGGACUGGCCACAGAAACAGAAAAACAGACAAAGAAACAAUGUUGAAAUCUGCUUUGCCUUUAAAGUUUUACCUGUAUUUUGAAGCCUCUAAGGGCUUAGAGGGCGUAGCCUUUUUUUGGGAGGGAGGGUGGUUGGGUUGG